AUGGCGGCAUCCCAGGCCUGGCGCUGCCUCGCAUUGCUGCUCCUGCUGCUCUGUGACCCCGCUCGCUUGUCCAGGGUGCCCGUGCGGACGCAGAGGAAAGGGAUUCUCGCCGAAGCCAUGCGGAGACUGCAGGAGGUCUUUGACAUUGAGGCCUUGCCCCAUGAUGUCCUGCCUCACAGGAAGCCACCCCAGUUUAUGGUAGAUCUUUUCAAUAAGGUGGCAGAUUCCAACGGGAUCACGAAGGCCCCAGGGCUGCUGGAAGGCAACGUGGUGCGGAGCCUUGAAGACCGAGAUUAUUUUGAUCAGUCUUAUUUCUACUUCAACAUCUCUUCGGUUGGGAGGAAUGAACAAAUGCUAAAAGCUGAGCUCAGAGUUUUCAAGCUAAAUAAAAACCAUGUGCCUCAAAAAUCUUUUUGGCAACAUUUUCUCAAAGUGGAUGUGUAUGAGCUUUUGGACAGGGGAAGUAAGCCGCAGAGAAGAAAUCUCAUUUCAUCCAGACUACUGUCUUUGUAUACCGAAGGCUGGGAGGUGUUCAAUGUCACGCAGACAGUUUCCAAAUGGUUUGGAAACAGCAGCACUAACCAUGGCUUUUUGAUCACUACAACUCAUCUAUCUAAAACCAAAAUGGAAUCCAACUUCGUCAAGUUUGCCAAGAGCCGGCACAAUAUGCGAGACAGUAGGAAUGCUUUCUUGGUCCUCUUCACCAAUAAUGACAGACAGAAAUCUUCCAGCUUCCUGCCCUCUUCCACUGAAUUCCAGCCAUCCUUGCCUGAAGACGAUACUUCAUCACACCUACCUCACCAAAACGAGGUCUUUGCAAACAUCAGAGUGAACAAAAGCAGAAGAAUUCGGGAUACCUCCUUCUUCUCCCCCAAAGACCGAAUUGUGCCAUGCCAGCUCAAUGAUCUCUUCGUCGACUUCCAUGAAAUUGGUUGGGCGGGGUGGAUCAUUUCCCCACGUGGCUACAAGGCUUAUUAUUGCAAAGGGGCCUGCCUGUUCCCCUUAGGGGAAAGUCUAAGAGCGACCAACCAUGCUACCGUCCAGUCCAUAGUGCAUACGCUGAAACUGUCCAAAGACGUCAGCACGCCGUGCUGUGUCCCAGACAAACUGAGUUCCAUCAGCAUUAUGUACUUUGACGACAAUGAGAAUGUUGUCCUUAAGAAUUAUAAAGACAUGGUGGCCACGAGCUGUGGUUGUCACUAA